AUGAAGACCUCUUCAUUGCUUGGACCCGCGGCGGCUGGUUUAUCGACCUUCCUGACGAUUUUGCCGACCGUACACGCCUUAACAUUCGAUGCCGUUUCGCUUCCCGAAUUAGACCUGUCCCAGCUGGGUCAGAUCUCGAUCACCGGUGAUUUCGAUGGCGUUACCCUUUACGAAUAUGAGGGCCAGUCGGAGGUCACUCAUUCUUCCAACACAUCAUCAAUCCUGACGCCGCUACCUAAUGGCAUUCUCACGAACCUUUCGACCGCCGAUGCCCCGAUUCAAGCCAUGUGCUCCUUUACGAAGAAAGACGGAACCUUUGCCGGAAUUUUUGUCGGUGGUAACUUUACGACUUUGGGAGGUGUGGAAUCGCGUGGUGCUGCCCUGUUCAACCCGAACUCGACUACCGUUACGGCUCUGCCAGGCCUGAAUGGUUCUGUUGCUGCCGUCGCAUGCGACCAGAGCACGAACCGUGUUUACGUGGGCGGAACCUUCACCCACAAGAACAGUUCCAAUGCGAUGGCCUGGAGCCCCGACGAUGGCUGGACCGAUCUUUCUUUCGAAGGGCUCAACGGACCCGUCACAUCACUCUUGAAGGCGGACAAUGGACACAUCAUUUUCGGAGGAUCUUUCGACGAUAUUGGUAAUUCUACGACCAAUUCCACUAAGAACGAGCUGCAGGUGCUCAACCUGGCGGAGGCGACCGUUACUUCCGACGCUAAAACCACCCUCAGUGGUUAUAUCGAUCCCCGAAAUGUUAUCUGUUCAACAAGUGGUAAAGCAGGCAAGGGCCAGACCUGGCUUCUUGAAGACAACGCUCCCGGAUUCUGGCAUGCGGAGUUUGGAUACACUUUCUACCCAUCGAAAAUUCGCCUUUACAACACUCAUAUGGAUGGACGUGGUACAAAGACCUUUAAGCUCCGCGCCAUCCCCGAUGAUGGUAUCAUGAAUCUAACAUAUACCGAUUCAUCCGGCAAGAAGGCCGCUUGUGACCAGUCCUGUCCACUUUCCAACGACUCCAGCGAAAAGUACCGGGAAUUCACAUUCGUUAACCCUGUUGGCAUGCCCGGUCUGGAAAUUGACAUUGACUCAUGGUAUGGUCAAGGUGCUGGCUUGAACGGAAUCGAGAUCUUCCAUCAGAAUAUUCUUUCAUACGCCGUUGACAAGUACAAUGAGCCCACCUGUGGCGAUAUUGAAUACCGCGCCAAGUCGACUGUCACCGGCACAUGGAGCACCGAUUCUACCUACCUUUCUGCUCAAGUGACUGACGCCAAUGCUACCGAUGCCUCGGUGGUGUUCCAACCUGACGUGAAGGAGUCUGGCAAAUACGAAAUCUUGAUGUUUACCCCCGGAUGCGUUGAAAGUAAUACGUGCGACUCCCGAGGUGAAGUUAACGUUACUGUCACAGCUGCCAAGAAUAGUGCGUCAAACCCAUCUUCUACCACCUUUCCUCAAACGAACAAUGAUGUCAGCCAACGUACGUUAUAUUCUGGACAUGUCGACAAAGCCAGCGAUUCUUUCCGCCCCAGUGUUACCCUUCGACCAGUUGCGGGCCAGGGAAAUGUCAAUAUUGCUGCUUGGCGUGUGCAGUUCAACCCACUUUUCAACAUGACCAAGAGGUCUGAUUCGGAUUCAAGCUCAGACUCCGACUCCGAGUCAGGAGAUUUGAAUGGGUUAUACGACUAUGAUCCGACCUCCACAGUAUCAUCCAACAACGCCGCUAACUCAACUAUUGAUAUGGUCGGCGGGUCGCUUAACAAGAAUGCCUCGAUCCUGGCUUUGGCGGAGUAUGACGAUGUGAUCUAUGUGGGUGGUAACUUUUCCGAGAAAAGUAUCAAAAACAUCAUGUCCAUCAGCGAUGGAAAUGCUACUGCAAUGCCAGGGGGCGGUUUGAACGCCGCAGUUUUGGCCAUGGCUACCCUUGAUGAAUAUCUCUAUGUCGGUGGAAACUUCACUGACAGCUCUGACGGUGGUGUUGAUGGUUUGUAUCAUGUCGCAGCAUACUCAUCCUCCUCGAAGAAGUGGUCAGCGUUGGCAGACGGCUUGAACGGGCCCGUUUCAACAAUUUUUCCCAUUGACCUGAAUGUGUCGUCUACCGUCAACGAGACCACUAUUGCUGUCAGCGGCGAUUUCACUCAAAUACGUGCCAGCAAUGGCAACAGUGCAGUUUAUGUGCCAGGAUUCGCUAUCUGGGUUCCUUCGAACAAGACAUGGCUUGAGACCCUCAAUGUGACUCAAAUGGAGUUUGCUGGUAAGCUGGCUGCGGUCGCUUCUGUGAAUGAUACUUCCAUCCUCGCUGGGAGCCUCGCCACAGCCGGAUACACGACUUCCGAUGCAAUCUCUCUGUCAAGCUCCGAUGGCGAUAUCGAUCUUAUCCCUGUCACUAUCAACGUCAACAAAACGCAGUCUACAGGUGGUUUCGUUACUGGUGCCUAUGAUAAUGAAUCUGGUCGCAAUAUUACCAUUUAUGGUGGUCAUUUCAAUGCCACUGCCAGUAGUGGAUCUUCCAUCUCUCACGUUGCGUUUGUCAAUGGCACUGAUGGAUCUGUCUAUGGACUGCCCCAGGACUUUGAUAGCAACUCAACUGUCCUGUCUAUGGCUGUUUACAACGACACCCUUUUCGUUGGUGGCAAUAUCACUGGAAAUAUCACCAGCGAUUCUCAUGUGAAUGGGUUCUUUGUGUACGAUUUGACCGACAAAGACUUCCCAUCUCAGCCGUGGACGCUUUACGGAUCUGGUGAUUCACCUGUUACUGUCAACUCUAUUGCUCGUCAACCCGAUUCAUCUGAUAUCUACAUUGGAGGUAACUUUGAAACGGCCGGUUCUCUACCAUGUGCAACUGUGUGUAUGUUGGACUCCAAGGCCAACUCCUGGAGCUGGCCUGGAACGGGCAUCAGUGGAAGCGUCGUUGCUCUUGAAUGGGCAGACUCGAAGACCCUCUAUGCCGCGGGUAACAUGACAGUUGGCGGCAAAACUACACAGGUCGCGACUUACAGCACGAAGUCUCAAACCUGGACUGCCGUGUCUGGUGCAUCCCAGUCCGAAAUCCCGGGAACGCUCUCUGUAUUCACACCCGCCUCCGCAGACGUCUCCAGCUUUUGGAUCGCUGGUACAUCGUCCAAUGGCUCAGCCUAUUUCCGACACUACGACGGCUCCAAGUUCCAAUCCCCUGGUGACCUGUUUUCCGAGGGAACAGUCAUUCGUGGAUUGGAAAUUCUCCCUCUCGACAAGAACCACGAUUCUGUUUCACUUCUGAGCGACGACCAAACCCUUUUGAUUCUUGGCCAACUCGUCAUUCCUGACUUCGGCAAUGCCUCGGCUGCCCUGUACAACGGAACCGAUGUGACUCCAUUCAUCCUGUCAUCGAAGUCUAACGGCGAUGCUGGUAGCAUGGCACAAAUUUUCACCGAGAACAAGAACCCGUUCUCCACCAAAACGAGCCACCAUUCCAACGGAAUUGUUGUUUUGGUUGCCUUUUGCUGCGCACUGGGUUGCGUCUUCCUCAUCGUCGCGGCUGGUGUCAUUAUGAACAAGAUCCAGCGCCGCCGCCAGGGUUACUCUGCUGCACCGCAGACGUUUGGCACUGACCGACCAACCGACAUGCAACGCGUACCGCCAGAGUACCUCUUCAAUUCUCUCGGGCAGCCGAAUCCCACUGCCCCGACAAUUUAA